AUGUCACAACCUCAAGCACCACCGGGCUUACAACAAUCAACGUCGAGUCGUUCGGUGUCAAGCCUCGGUACGAACAACAGAGGUAACCCCACUACCUCUAACCCCUCUCAAAACACCAAUGCCAAUGUUAACACGAAGAAACGUAAAGCUUCACCACCACCACCUCUAAAAGAGCGAAAACAAUCUGUGCCUAUUGACCCCUCGACGGAUGAUGAUGCCGCAUCUACAAUAUCCAGAGCACCAAGGGAGAGGGAACCGAAGAGGACAAGAGUCCAUUUCAGCUGUGUGGAAUGUCACAGGAGGAAACAGAAAUGUGAUAGGAAAGAACCAUGUUCACAAUGUGUCGCUAGGAGAGUACCUCAUUUGUGUAGACCUUUCUUGAAUGGCGUGGAGGAUCCGAACAACAACUCUGAUGUCCAUGCCCGACUCAACACAAUUGAAUCGCUUUUGUCCCGCUUGGUCACCUCCUUACCUCAAUCAAUGUCUACCCGACCACAAAACGGAAAUUACGUACCUACCGAUGCGUCUUCACCCGACGUUCUGGGACUGACAGCAAGUGGAGAAGAGAUAUUCCAUCCUCACGCUACUCCGCCUAACGAGGGUGGUGCGGUUCAGAGAGUUCCCAUGCCUCAUAAACCACCUCCAUCAGGUCUAUUCCCCAGCAACAUGAGCUAUACCACUCCGCCGGGACGAUCAGGUUUUGGAUGGGGUCUAAGGGAAGGAAGGAGGAUCUCAUUGACGACGGACGAUAAUCAGGAUCUGAGGGAUAUUUUACAGACAUUGAAGGAAAGUGGGAUAGGUAAAGGUCAUUUGGAAUGGUUGAUUGCUGGUGUUCCUGGUCGGAGGAUGGCCGAUGGACUGGUUGAGCUGUAUUUUCGCUGGACGAGAUAUAAGAUGAACAAAGCCAGUUUUAUGCGACGAUAUAACAAGUUCUUCGAUCAUAUAGGAAGGAAUCCAACUUGCCCAAAGAUUGAUGCUGAUACGUUGAAAUGGUUGCCUUUGAUGUUCAUCGUGCUGGCCAUUGCUACCUUGUCUGCACCGCACGAACUUGUACCUCGAGACGACCAACUCGGAUGGUCCAGACGAUUUUAUGGAUCAGCACGAAGUGGCUUAGAAUAUGCCAAGGCGUUACAGAGGGAUAAUCUGGAUGUGUUGUUUGCUGGUCUUCUCGCCUCGAGAUAUAUGUUGCUCACUCGACGUCCAGCUGAGGGUUCUACACCAUUGACAACAGCUUUUCAAGUCGGUCUAUACAGAGAUGGAACAGUAUUGAACCUCACCGAUAAGAAGGAAAUCGAAAUCCGACGACGAGCUUGGUCAAUGUUAUACCAUCUAGAUCGAACCAUAUCUUUACUCGUCGGUAGACCAGCAAGCAUCAGCGACGCACAUACGGAUACUCAGAUCCCCGCGAACCUAGAUGACGAAGAAGUAGAAUCGGGCGAUUUCGAUCCUGCUGGACAUCCCUUGACUGUCCCUACGGAGUAUACAUAUGUGAUUGUCAGACACAAACUUGCCGAAAUCAUGGGUAGAAUAGCCUAUCAUACUUUUGCUAUCCAAUUACCGGAUUACGCAAUGGUUUUGAAUUUAGAUAGAGAACUAUUGAGCUGGAGAGAUGCUUUACCACCUUUCUUCUCUAUGUCAAAUCCUGAUACCUCUUUGGACUCCAAGCACCCUUAUCUGUUUGUUCAGAGACAUCUGUUAGCUUGUGAAUGGUAUUAUACAAGGAUUACAUUAAAUAGGCCUUACUUGCUGCGAAGAAAGCCUCAAGAUAGCCGAUAUGCUUAUUCGAAGAAUGCGGCUAUCGAAUCUGCUCGAGCGGAUUUGUUGAGCAGGAGAUCAUUCGUCAUGGAGAAGGGUAAUCUGAUUGUGAACAGUGGUGGAUAUAGAGUACUCAACUCGUAUAUGGUAUUGGGUGUGACAAUUAAACUUGAUCCCGACUCUCCACAAGCCGAUGAGCUCCGACAACUCCUCAACGUCGUAUCUGGUCGAAGCCCCGAUGCCCAAGGUAAAAUAUCCGAGCCGUUGGUGAAAGAAGAGCUGGCUAUAGUUGAAUUCCUCACUGCUAAAUCGCAAUCCAUCAAUAAACCCAGAAUAUCCCUCACAAGCUCAGGAGCCGGUGCAGGACCAACUUCUAGUGGAACGGGCAACAAAGAAGAGGAUCAAACCCCUGUGGACUUGUUACUUGGUUUGGCCAAGACUCGAUCAGGCAGACGAGCAGCCGAGGAAGAGAAACGUCAAUUGCGCUUACAAGCUUAUCGUGAAAUGGAAGAACAACGUCAAGCUGCUCGAAGAAACUCAGGUGCCCAGAAUAUCUCUAGUCCAUGGGGGUACAUUGCACCUUCCAUGCCUGGAUUAGAUGUCCAGCAGCCUUUCGGUAAUGAUGAGAAAAGAGUGCCGAGACCUUUACAACCUCCCACGAGAAGAUCGGAUGGGAGUGUACCGGAUAGUACGAAUUGGUCACCCGAAUUGGCAUUUAGUCUCACGACUCAGUCCAAUACUAGUAACAGUAGUAGUAUAGGACAAGCAAAAGGUAACCGACCUUCUUCAGCUGGACAGAUAGGAUAUCAUCUCAAUAAUUCGCCAACCAAUUCAAUGGGUUCUCAAUCGCACCAACAGCAGCAACAGCAACAAAAUGGGUUGAUAUCGCCAUUUGGUAAUUUAAGUUCGUCAUCUUCCACAGGAGCGAAUGCGAAUGGAAUGAAUGGAAUCGCAAUCAAUACGAAUAAUGAACAACAAUUCUCGUUCCCUGAACAAAGUUCACAAUCUCAACACCAACAUUCAUUCAAUGAUAAUAAUGGGAAUAAUCAAUUUGGUAAUGCUUUAUUGGAUUCAUUCGAUUUUAGUGAUUUGGGGUUAGGAGGCAAUACUACUUCUUCCAACAAUAACAAUAAUAAUAACUUAUUAGGUGAUAUGAACAACAAUAAUGCGAACGAUGGUAUUGGUGGUGGUGGUGGAUUGGGAUUAGGAUUUAAUGGGUCAGGAUUCAGUCUUGAUUUGGGUGGGAAUGGAAGUUUCAAUCCUUUUGCUUUACCGCAAACUGAAGAAGGCAACGAACCGAUGGCGGAAGAUGAUCAAACUAUAUUCUUGAAUUACAUUUUGAACAAAUUCGCCAAUGCUCAGCCUGAUACUUCUUAG